ACUUAUAAACUUGUUAUUUUGAAAUUUCAGAAAGAUUCAUGGUUAGAAGUGAGUAGCCAUAAUGUGGGACUACCAGCGUUAGAAAUACGCAAACCGGAAUGUACAGGUUGUCUAACAAAACUAGGACAGCAACAUAAAACCUGGCAGAAACGUUACUGUGUAUUAAAAGAUGCCUGUAUAUAUUACUAUAAAUCUAUGAACUCUUUCAGUGCUAAAGGUGUGGUACAUCUCCAUGGUUAUAAGAUAGACGCUACAGGUUAUAAUAAUAAGAAGUUUAGUUUUGUCCUACAUCCACCUGAAGAAUCAAUGAGAACAUUUUAUUUCUGUGCUGAUAAUCAAACUGAUAAACAAAGAUGGGUGGAAUGUUUAAUAAGAUCUAUACAGAGAUGGAUUCGUGUUGACGACUAG